AUGGUUACACCACAACUUCGUCAACCACCGCCAGAUCUGAAACACAAAACGAAAGAUCUAUGCAGUGCGGCAGCGUUUUGGGAAACCAGAAAAACUCUUUUCUUCUCUUCUCCUCCACUCCACUCCACUUCACCCGCGGCCAAACAUCACACUCUCUUCUCUUCUCUUCUCUUCUCCUCCACUCCACUCCACUCCACUCCACUCCACUCUCCACUCCACCCGCGUUUUGGGAAAGCAGAAACCACCCACUUUUCUUUCUCCUCCACCCACGUCGCUGGCGAGGAAACACGAAGGCAGAGUGCACCAUCGGACUGCGAUUCACGACGCCACCAUCGGACUGCGAUUCACGACGAUUCCGACGGCCACCACCACCGCGAAGAUAGGGACUUGUUGAGCAUCCCAAUCACUACUGUUGCAUCUGAAUCUGCUUUCAGCAUUGGUUCAAGGAUCUUGAAUAAGUAUAGAAGUCGUCUAUUGUCAAAACAUGUUGAAGCAAUUAUUUGUACUAGCAGCUGGAUGCAUGGGUUUCGUGAAUAUGAUGAUGAUGAUGAUGACAAUGGAAUAGCUGAGGGGAGUACUUCUAAGGCUGCAUCUAAUAACCCUGGCACUGAAUUGGAUAUUGAUGAAAAUUGAAGUUGCUUGCACUUUGGUUAUGGACCAUGCCGAAUGAUGUUCUGAUUCAGACAUGUUAUUGAUGCUGCAAAAGUGACCUUGAUGACUUGCAGUUGGAGAGAGCAAAACGUCAUUUACAUGUGUUUUUAAUCAUUUCAAUUUGUUUGGACUUUCAUGAUCCUCCUCUUUUUAGGUUACAUUAAAUCAUGGACUAUUGUAUUAAUGCAGACCACCCUGACUAUUGUUUGUGAUCAUUUUCUUGUCUGAAUGAACCUGCCUGAUGCUUAA